AUGCGCCCCUUUGACGUCUUCACUAGAUGGCGCCCGCUCCCAAGCACAGAAUCCCAGGCACCAACACAAGAAAUCGACCGAGUCCAUACAAGAUACCCCAACGCCCUCGUAUCAACAUCCUUAACACCGCCUCUUAUCACAAAAAUCACUCAUUGCCGCCCCUGGAAAAGCAACCCCGUCUUCACGCACGUCUUCGAAGGCCACGAUACCAACAAAACCGUCUUCGCCAAAGUCGUCUCACCAAUCCUGCCCCGCGUCUUGAACGGAGAAACAUGCAACCUCCUCGCAUACGGACACUCCGGCAGCGGAAAAUCGCACACGAUCAUCGGGUACGACUUUGAAACCGCGGAUGAAUUCGGGCUUUGCCUUGCGGCGGCGAGGGAUCUUAGCGCUGAGGCCGCGCGACUCAAUGAGGCCGUGGAGAACGGAAGCGAGGAUGAGCUGGGCAUCGGUCUACGCAUGUACGAGCUCCGCGGAAACAGCGCAUUCGAUCUCCUGAAUAGCCACUGCAAGUGCCAUAUCCGCGAGGGGUAUGAUGGCCAGACCCACAUCCGCGGGGAGACCGAGGUCAUGUCCGACGGGCGCGUGCGCGUUCGACCCAUUGUAACCAAGGCAUGUUGGACGUUCGAUGACGUGCGGAGGGAGCUACUGGCUGGACGAGAGCUUCGAGCGACGCGGACCUCGACGGUCCACGACCAGAGUUCUCGGACACAUGCUGUGCUCGAGAUUGAACUUGUUACGAGGGCUUUACUCGACGCGAGAGAUGCGGUUAUUGAGAGACAGUCUGAACUAGUUCCUGUUGCGAAGCGUGCGACAGACGUUUAUCUGGAGGAGAAUAUGAAGGCGUUCGUCCGGACGGAGGAUGGGAAGUAUGUACCGAAUCCAGCGUACCAUAUUGAUGAGGCGCGGAUCCACGAGGCGGAGGCGAGGCAAGCUGAGCUUGAGGGGUAUGUGCAGGAUGCAGAGACCCAUGUCAACGAAUUGAUGCAAUCAUCCUCGCAUCCUUGCCUGGGAGGGAAGUUGGUCUUUGUCGACCUCGCGGGCUCAGAGUACUACCACGAGAAAUCCAUCUCCGGUUCGGCUCCACGGGCCAAGCAAACCCCACAGGAACAGCGAGAGGGGAGACAAAUCAAUACGGACCUGCUUGCUCUAAAGGAAGUGAUUCGUGCGAGAGCGCUGAAGCAGCCGCGAAUUCCCUACCGGUCUUCUCCACUGACGAUGGUUCUCCGAGGUCACUUUGAGCCAAGUGGUCCAACAAACUCCUAUACGGCGAUGAUUCUGACAGCAUCAUCCGAGGCAACGCAGUAUUCUGCUACGAUGAAUACGCUCAAGUAUGGGAAUCUGGUUGGCGUGGCUGGUGAGGAUAAAGCUGGAGCGGCCGCUAGAAAGGCAUAA